AUGAAACAAUCACAGCUACACCUCUGCACUAGAGUUAGUUCAAAAUCAUCACUCCGUUACACCACGCCACUCCUCCUUUUACACUCCGUCGUCGAUUUAUUAAUAUUUGUUGAUUCUGAUGGCAUCUAUAGAAAUAAUCAUACUAUGGGAAGAAUGAUUUGUUAUGCUAUUAAAUAUGAUAAUCAUAUAGUUUUGAAAUAUCUAUUAGAUAGAAUUAAAAUGGAAAAGGGACCUUUUCAAUUGACUGUAUUACUCCCAACCAUUCCAUCUGAAGAAAGACAAGGAGAGGAGGAAGAAGAAGUCUAUUUUUUCAAAAGAAAGAAUUGUUUCUCAAUAGAGGUAUUUCAUUUACUCAAUGACGACGAAAUAUUGAUUGAAUCAAAAGAGAUAUUAAAAAUCAUGACAAGAACUGCAAUAUUGGUGUCAAGAGAUAUUGAAAUCAUUCGUAAUCUAUUAAAGAGAUACAAACUCAAAAUAGAUACAAAUGAUCAAUCAUGGGAUUUCAAAGAUUUGGUCAAGGAAUGUAAUGAAGGGGAAUUGGUAGAAUUAUUCUCAUUGAUGAAAAAGGAAGAGAAAAGUUAUCUUGCAUUUUGUCGAUUGUUUCCCGAGACAUUGGUAGAGGAUAAAAUUAAAGUCAUUCAGUCUUUGAUGACCAUGGCCGCCACAGUCAAAACAACAAAAAAAAAAAGAUGUCUUUACAUCGUCACCACAAUUAUACUCGCCAUUUAUAACAAAAAGAAUCAGACUGCUUGA